UAUCAUAACGCACUUCGCAAAGAAGGUAAUGUGGAGGGCAGGACAGAGUGAGCAUUAAUAAAUAACAAAUUAACUUGGAAUUCUUGAACAAUAACCAUGUGGCACGAAGCAAGAAAAAUAGAGAAAAGGAUCAGAGGGAUAAUGAUUGAUUACCGGAGAAGGGCUGAGCGCCGUACUGCAUUUUACGAGAGAAUGCGAGAGGAUCCUCACCAGCUACUGCAACUCCAUGGUAAAAAAUGCAAGCUUUACAUUGACAGUCGGCUGGACAAACCAAUGGAAGAAAGCCAGUUGGUUCCUUGGCAAGGUGAUCCAGAUAUCCUCAUAGACAGAUUUGAUGCAAGAUCCCACCUGGAUUAUCUCCCUGAAAAGAUCAACACACUUCCUGGUGACAGUGCUGAUGAUGAUAAAGAGUAUGACUUUAAUUAUGAAAGGUAUAGGACAUUGGUACAGAUUGAAGCAACAGGAGUGACAGAAGAAGCAUAUUUGAAGCAAUUGGCGAUCGAAGAGUGGUAUGGCAAAAAGCAAGCUGAAAAACAUAAGGCAGAAAAAGAGGCAUUGGCAAAGAAGAAGGCUUCCAUUGGUUACAAAUACGAAGGGAGUGCUGUGCUCUCUGAAGAUUCAGAUAAAUCUGAAGAUGAAUCUGAUAUCAGUGAUAUUGACAUUUCUGUUAAUAUCCAUGAUUUAUCAGAAGAACAGAAAACGUCAAUGGAUAGUUUGGCAACACAAUUCGGCAUUGCAGACCAGUACUACUGCCGGCAACUGUUAAAGGAGAAAAAGGAAUUUGAUUUUGCUAAACAGUUGGAAGAAGAAGAGGAGGAAAGGUCAAAAUUAUCUGGUCGAAGAGGAAAGCGUGCUCGACGUACUUUACGGGAGAAACAGAAAGCAACUCGAACCACUUCACCACCGAGUUAUGCAAUGAGAGGCAGCCCAACAUAUGAUCCCUACAGCCCACCAAGACAUGGACAUACUCGUUCUUCGUCAUCUCGAUCGCCGUCACCUGACAAUCCUGGCAAAAUUGAGUAUAUCACAGAAUUCGGUGGUGCAAGUAACUCUCAAGCAGAGAAACCAAAAAUCGCAUCCUCCCGAGAGAAAAGCAGUUCUAGCAAAGAACACAGACGUGAAGGUAGGGAUGGCACGACAAGUCACACGUCUAAUCGGCAUAGAAAGCAUAGCGACCGUAGUAGAUCCAGGGAUAGAAGUUCAAGAGGUCAUCGCUCUCGAAGCAGGUCGCAUUCUCGUUCCCGACGAAGGCACAGUUCAAGGUCCAGAUCAAGGCGGAGGCAUCGGUCGAGGUCAUCAAGAAGGUCGCGCUCUCGAUCACAUCACAGAGGUCGGUCACACUCAAGGUCGCGGUCUCGGUCAAGGUCAAAGUCGAGGUCAAGGUCACACGAGGAUAACUAUAAAAAAAGACGAAACUCAAGUGGCGAUAAGCGUGUACAGAAGGGCUCAGAACGAUCGCGAUCUUCGUCAUCAUCAAGAUCGAGGUCGCGAUCACGGUCUAGAUCGAGGUCGCCAAGGCCAUCUACUCAUUCUAUAACACGGAAAUUAGAGUCCCAAGGACCCAAAAAGGUUCCGGGAACAAUAGCGACUGGUGAAAAGCCAAAACUCACACCUCAAGAGCGGCUAAAGCUUCGAAUGCAAAAGCAGCUCAGCAAGCAAAUAAAACAGGAUAAGCAAGUUGAGAGAAAAAAGAAAGAUGACAAGGAAAAAGAAAGAAUGGAUCGGGAUAAUGAUAUCUAUGAAUUGCAGAGAAAAAUACGGUAUCGCCCAAGAAAUGAUUAUCAUCAUCCCAGAGAGCGGACUCCGUCGCCAAAGGCCUCUUCCUAUGGACCGAAGGAUAGAUCAAGAUCGCCAUCGAAAUCACCGAGAACCAGAGCUUAUGAGGAGGUAGGAUGGGAAGUGUAAAGAACAGUAUUUUCCAAAGUGCGCUAUAAUUUUAUACAAUAAUAAAAAUGACGUUUUGUCAAUUAUCAUCUGGAUGCAUGCAAUUAUGUUUCAACUGGCCAAUUCAACUAUUUGACCAUUGCGGAGAAUUCAAACAAUUUUAUGAAGAAUAUGAAGUAGAAGCGAUGCCAAGUGAAAGUUCCAAGAAGCUGUCAAGAGAGCACAGUGGAACUGCAUUUUCAUUUCGCACAUUUCGAAAUUCAAUGCAAUUCCUUUAAAAUAACGAAUCUUGAAUUUGAUUUCUGUUUUGUCAAGACUAAUGUUAUUAUAUAUUGAUAAGCUAGUGUCCCGCUUUUGCAGAAGGCAAUAAUUGCUAGUAAAAUUUCAGCUAUGUUCCGUGGAUAUGUUUUCAGUUUCCCAGUUCAUGAAAAGAUAGGACAUUUAAGGCUAAGAAGUUUCUUAUCUAACAUUAUCUUAAUGAAAGUUUUAUUUAACCAAGCUCAACAUUGUACAGGGACCUACUGGUUUCAGUAAAAGAUAUCAUAUUUGUAGUACCAUAGCAAUUAAUUUGUUCUAUUUUCUCUUUUUUCUGAAGUUUCUCAAGAUUUUCUCAAAUAAUGUAUCAAACAGACUACAUCGCAUAUAUUUUUAGAAAACUGAAGUCCAUUCCUAUCUUGAUAUCAUUACUGAUACACAUACACAGCACAGUCAUUUUUAUAGAAAGCUGCUUUAGAGUGUGUAAUGAGCGAAGGUUUUUUGAGUCAUUGGUUGUACUAAAGGCUUCUGGCAUCAUCCCUCAUUCCCUGCUUUGCAUACUCUGAUGUCCUUUGUGUAGAAUAUGUGCAGUAGUGUAAGCAGAUGAAGUAUGAAUUUUUCGUAAUUCACAUUUAUUAAAAGAUCCAAAAGGAUUAUAAUUCAAUAUAACAUUAUAAGUUCUGAUGUUUAUAAUUCAUCGAAAUCAAAUCAGAACUUAUAAUGUUCAAGUGACAAAAUGCGAGCAGUUCCCUAGAUUCUAAUGAACAUCCAAUCCUUUUAGAAUAGUUCCUUUAUUUGAGAAAACUAGUUAAUGGAGUUUCUUUAAAACAGUUUGCCUACUGUGGUUAACAGGGAGCCCUCUCUCCCUGACCAGUUUUGCUUCGAUUCCACGGUUACGGGGAUAUAAAGGAAAACCCCAUUUUUAAAGGUCUGAUGGGCCCCUUUUUGGCGAUUUUCCACAUGACCCCAACUGUGAACACUUCUUGGAUUUCUAUACGGAUAUGCAGAUAAAACCUGUUCAAAAAAAUUUUUGGAUGUGUCCCAAGUAUUUCAACGCUUGCCAAUAGUACUUGCAACGCCCGAGCAGUUUUGGUGAAUUCCCGAUAAACUUCUAUUCUCGCCUAAAGAAACACUUAAGUUGCCCCUUUUCCCCAAAACAAAGUUGGAGUUGCACCACAUUUUUUUCAACAUUUACAGUUAAAUUCAAAGGGUGUAUUUCUAUAGAGAAUAAUCCAACAUUUUUAAAGGAGAGAGGGAAAACUGCUAAUAUGAGCGACAAAAAUACUGUUUUUGUUCCAAGACUUUCGUCUGGUAUUUUAGUUCUUAAGUUGUCAAACUUAUAAUAAGAAUUGACGAAUUAAUUGA